AUGGCAAGCAAAUAUGGCUAUGAGGACAACGGGAGGUCGAUUCUUCAUCUCUCGAAUACGAGCAAAAUCCUUCCUGAAGAAUUAAUGCUCCUCUGCCACCAACAGAGACUCUCCUCCUCGUUUCACGCCGCUCCGCCGUCUCCACAGGUGCAUGAUAUCAUACCAAGUCAAGACGCCAUGUCCCGUCAUCCAGUUGCAACAGGUGCCGCGAAGGCCCUGGUAGACAAGCACGCAGCGGAGCUUCCCUUGAAACUCUAUGCUGGCUGGUUUUGCCCGUAUAUACGGUAUGAUCAAACGCCCAUCCACCAACAAAACAUAAUAUAUCAACACCUCCAACGCACCUGGAUCACCCUCGAAGAAAAAAAGAUCCCAUACCAAUAUAUCGAAAUAAACCCCUACGACAAAUCCCCCUCCUUCCUCGCCCUGAACCCAAAGGGCCUCGUCCCGACCCUUGUCGCCCCCCAACCAAACAACAAACCCUCCAAACCCCUCUACGAAUCAAACAUCAUAGACGAAUACCUCGAAGAAGCCUUCCCAGAUAACACCCCACACCUGCUUCCCCAGGACCCCUACGAGCGCGCCCGCGCCCGCAUCUGGAUCAACUUCGUCGACAGCCGCAUCACCCCCACCUACCGCAAGUUACAACUGGCCAAGACGACAGAGGACCUCCAUGCGGCGCGCGGGGAGUUUUUGAAGGCGCUCAAGGAAUUCACGCGGGCGAUGCAUGGCGAGGGGCCUUAUUUCUGUGGUGGGGAGAUAGGGUUGACGGAUGUUGCGCUGGCACCAUGGGCGGUGAGGUUUUGGAAGGUGGAGAAGUUCAAGGAGGGUGGGCUUGGGAUUCCGGCCGAAGGCAAGGGGGAAGAGGAUGAGGGGGUUUGGGCGCGGUGGAGGAAGUGGGAGAAGGCUGUUUUGGGGAGAGAGAGUGUGAAGAAUACGUUGAGUGAGAGGGAGUAUUAUGAGAGCUUGGCGAAGAUGGGUUGGGCGAAGAUUUGA